AUGACAAAAUUAUUAAAUGAGAGACCAGACCCAAACUAUCAGCUGGUGGAGCCAUUCAAACGUCUUCCAAACAGAAGAUGGCAUGCAGAUUAUUAUGUUGAGAUCAAGAAUCCUAUUUCUCUCUCUCAGAUCAGGAAGAAAAUUGUGAAGGGAGAAUAUCGUUUUAUUUCUGAUAUGGUUGAUGAUUUCAACUUGAUGUUCGACAAUGCUCAGCAGUAUAACCGACCAGACUCCAGGAUAUAUAGAGAUGCUGUAAAGCUACAGAAAUUUAUCCAAACUAAAGCUGAUGAACUAAUGGAGGAUGAA